UCGCGGGAGAAUUUGGGCACCUAGAGCCUCUGCGGCCGGAGCGCGGGCGAGGCUUUGCCUGCUCUGGGCGCACGACUGCGGCGGCACUGGGACGCUCCCCGGAUCAAUGAUCCGGAGCCUGGAUCGUGGGGAGGGCUGGAAUAAGGCCGGGACGGCAAGCAGGGCUCGGGGCUUCCACUGGCCUGCGGACGAGGCCCCCUUCCCAAGAUGCGCCGGCGGGUCCCCCUCGGCAGGCCGCGGCGAGCCGGAGAGGAGGCGCAGGAACCGUGGCUUAGACUGGCACCAACCUCCUCUUUCUCCUCCUCCCUUGGCAGUUUUGAUCCUCGAGGGUGGGGGGCAACCCACACAGCCAACUCCGACCCUGCCUGCCCUGGGACCCCCAAGAAGGGAGGGUGUCACUGACUACCCCCUGACUUUCCUGCCCUUGCGCCCUUGGGCACCUUUUCUCCGCCGCCCCCGUUCGCUUGCAUUGCGAAUUGUUUUCAUUCUGGAGCCACUCCAGUGACUCAUUGGCUGAAACCAAGGAGUGGGGCAGGGCGGCGAGCGGGCUGUUGGUGGGCGGGGGUGGCUGGUCCUUGCUGAGGCGGCCCGCAGCCCCCGCCCCCUCUGGCUUUUGUCACUCGCUCUGCCUGUAAGCAAAAGGCAGCCCGGGCGGAGCGAGCGGACCCGGCGGGCGGGCGGGCAGGCUGAGCGCUGCGGCUGCUGUUCUGGGGGCAGGCGCUACGCCGGAGGGACUCCCGAUCCUGGAAGACGCUGAGGUGGGACCAAGCGAGGAGUAGCCUGCUGAGAUCUUCCCACCCACCCCAGGCCCGCUUGCUUGCUUUGCUUUCCUUUUGACGCGGCGCAGGCGCUGCGCUUUCCUGCUGCGUCCCCGCGGAGCUCGAAGAGCUGCGUUGCGCUGCCGGUGCGGCUGACUCCGCUGGCUCGGCUCCGUUUUGCAGCUUCGAAGCAGGAGCUGUCGCCGCCGCUGCGAGGCCGAGGGAGAAUUGCUGAGCGCCUCGGGGCUGGAUGGCCCUGGCUGAGAGUGGCUGGUGCCUGCUGAAGCGCUGCGGCCCCGACGACUUGCCCUACUCGUUGGCACCGCGGGAGCUGCCCUGCCCUUCGCCGUCGCCCUCCUCGUCCUCGGGCUGCUCCCCUGGCGGCAGCGGUAGCGGCAGCGGCGGUGGUCGGACCUUCAAGCAGGAGCCCGGAGGAGCGCUGCAGACCUCGCAGCCGCUGGGCCUACCCGACGGCCGGCCCUUUCUGGGCCCCUUCGUCUCCUUGGCCGCGGCGCCGUCCGGCCUUUCCAGCUGGGAGGACGUGCUGCUUUUCGCGGACCUGGAUCAGGCCAACAAGCUCAUCUGGUCCAGCCGCACGUCGGCCAAGCUGAGCCCGGAUCCCUCGCAGCCGCUACCGCAGCAGCAGCCGCCGCCCGUCGAGGAUAUGUACCACCACCCGCACGCGCAUCACCAUCCGCAUCACCAGGGCCUGCAGCCCGGCCCCUACGACGGCUCGUCCCCGGGCACGGGCGGCGCAGGCGGCGGCUUCGUGCCUUCCUCGGCAGGAUCGCCCGUCUACGUGCCUACCACCCGCGUGAGCUCCAUGCUGCCUUACCUGCCCAGCACCCCGGGGCCCGGGCAGGCCGGUGGGCCGGCGGCGUGGCCCCCGCAAGCGGGCCCAGAAAGCCCCUCCGCGCCCUACGGCGCCACGGGGGGCGGGUGCGCCCACCCGGCGUCGGGCCGCUUCAGCUACCCGGCCAGCAGCUCGCCGGCGAGCAACGGCGCCGCCCGGGAGUCGGCUGCCUACAGCCCCCGCGAGCAGUUCCGGCCCUUGAACGGAUCCUAUUACGCGCCCUACGUGGGCUCCCAGUUCACCAGCCCGGGCUGGGGAAGCCCCUUCGACAACUCCAUGCUGCACUGCCUGCCCAACCGGGCCGGGCCCCUCGCCAUGCGGCCUUCCAGCGCAGAGCUUCUGGAGGAUCUCUCUGAGAGCCGGGAAUGUGUCAACUGUGGCUCCUACCAGACCCCCCUGUGGAGAAGGGAUGGAACUGGUAACUAUCUCUGCAAUGCUUGUGGGCUGUACACCAAAAUGAAUGGACUUAGCAGGCCUCUCAUCAAGCCUCAUAAGAGAGUGCCUUCUUCGAGAAGAAUGGGUUUGUCUUGCGCCAACUGUCACACUACGACCACCACCCUCUGGCGCAGGAAUGCAGAAGGAGAGCCCGUAUGCAAUGCCUGUGGCCUGUACAUGAAACUUCAUGGGGUGCCCCGACCCCUUGCUAUGAAGAAAGAGGGAAUUCAAACCAGGAAACGAAAACCAAAGAACUUGGCUAAGACAAAGUCAUGCUCGGGUAAUAAUAGCAAUAAUGCCGUUCCUAUGACUCCAACUUCCACGUCUUCUACGAACUCAGAUGACUGCCGAAAAAAUGCUUCCCCUAGCACACAAACCACAGCCUCAGGGGCGGUUUCUUCAGUGAUGUCCGGCCGGGGAGAGAAUGCCAGCAGUCCCGAGAAUAGCACACUCAAAUAUUCCGGCCAGGAAGGGCUGUAUCCAGGCGUCAGCUUGACCUCCACUGCAGAAGUCACGGCCUCUGUGAGACAGGAUUCCUCCUGGUGUGCCUUGGCUCUAGCAUGAAGCGGCGAUGAGUCAGUGGUGCUGGAUCCAUGCACUGGGCAUCAGCCAGCCAGCAACACUUGUGUUUUUUGUUUUUGUUUGUUUUUUGUCCCAAGAAGCGGUGACUAUGAUGACAAGGACAUUCCUUGCCAGUCAUUUUUGUGCCUUGAUUCUAGCGUGUGUGUGUGUGAGAGAAGGGGGGGUGUUUUUUUCCUUCUCAUGGUCUCUGCUUGAUUGCCCAGGUCC